AUGACAGAAGAAGUGGACUACACAACCCUUCCCCUAGAAGAUAGGUUAGAGCAUAAAGUAUGGAAGGCUCGUCUAAGUGCAUAUGAAGAACUUUCUAAACAAUAUGAAUCGUCGCGUAGUGAUCAGGACCCAGUGUUUACCGGUUACUCCCCCGAUUUGUACAAGAACAUUUUGACUGAUUCAAAUGUUGUGGCACAAGAAGCUGGUUACAAGGCUUUUACCAACUAUUUGACAUAUGGUGGCAACGCGUCUGUUGUGAAUCGUCUAGUCAAAACAGCGGGAAUUGUACAAGCAAUCUGUGAAAAGGGAUUGUCAUCGUCGAGAAAGGGUACAAAAGACAACGCAACUGAAAGCAUCUUGCUCAUGAUUGAAUAUCUGCAAACACCUGACCCAAUAAUUGAAGAAGUUCUUCCGCAUCUUGGCAACAGACUACCUAAGUUGGUCGCAGGCUGUGUGACAGCAUUGUUUGCAGUUUACGAAAAUUUUGGAUGUAAGAUCGUUUCACCUAAAUUGGUCAUUCCAUCAUUGGGAAAAUUAUUUGCUCAUGCUGAUAGGAAUGUUAGAGCCGAAGCUACCAAAUUGACUGUUGAAUUAUACAAGUGGAUGGGGGAUGCGUUGCCAUCUAUUUUAUUCCCUGACUUGAAACCCGUACAACAAAAAGACUUGACACUGGCAUUCGAAGCAGUUAAGGGAGAAACCCCACAACAGAGAAGACUCACAAAAUCUCAAAAGGAUGAGAUUUCCAGGCAAGAAGAGGCCAGUGCUGCAUCGAAAUCGGAAGUGAAUGAGAAGGAUGAUGUUGAAAUGAGUGAUGCGGUAUUGCCUGAUAAUGACUACGACCCAAUGGAAUUUGUUGACCCAGUUGAAGUAUUGAACAAGUUGCCAAAUGGCUUUGAAAGUAGAGUCACCUCAACCAAGUGGAAGGAUAGAGUUGAAGUUUUGGAAGAAGUUCAAUCCAUUUUGGAGAAAGCACCAAAGAUGGUUGACAAUGAUGAUUACUCCCCUCUUGUGAGAGUAUUUGCCAAAAACAUGCGAGAUGCUAAUAUCCAAGUUGUCCAAUUAGCAGCCACGUGUGCCAACUAUGUUGCCAAAGGAUUGGGAAAGAGCUGGCUAAGAUACCAGCCAAUGAUCUUGGGCCCAGUCAUUGAAAGAACAAAGGAGAAGAAGCCAUCCGUUGCUAAUGCUUUAGAUACACUUUUGGAUACGAUGUUUACUUUAUCAGGCUUAAGUGGACCGAUUAUUGAGGAAGCGGUUGCCGGAAUGAAACUCAAAGUGCCUCAGAACAAGAUUGCUUGUGCUAAUUUCCUUCAACGCUGCCUCAGCAAUACCACCAAGCCUCCAAAAAUAGCUGAUAUUGAUUUAAUUAUGGACACUGGUGUCAAAUUGCUCAGCGACUCUCAAGAGCCAAUUAGACAAGCAGCCACUGAAUUGAUAGGAACGCUUAUGAAGAUAACUGGUGAAAGGGAGUUGAGUAAAUUUCUUGAAAAUACCGACGACAAUAGGAAAGCCAAGAUUUUGAAAUUUUAUGAAACAGUUGAGGUGAAAUGCACAUCUUCCAAAGUGAGAUCAGCGCCUUCAUCGCGCGAUUUGCCGGCAAAGAAACAACCUUUCUCAUCUCGUGCAACUUCACUCCAGGUGAGAGGAUCAACUGCAAGCUCAUCGACUAUACCAUCCAAAAGAGAAGCAAGCUCACCGGCGAAGAGGAUUGAUGAUGGAAAAGCAAGCAAUCUUGGUAAAGGUCUAACCUCGAGGUCAUUGUCAAAACCGACAUCUACGUCACUCCGUCCUUCAAAGGCAGCGGGUUCGGCUUCACUUACAAGUAAUCGUGUAAACUUGUCGCACCCACUGGUUGCCGUUACACAGAGCACUACAAUGACACCACCGCCACCGCCUCUCCAAAUUGAGUAUGUGGUAGACCCAAAAAUGGAACAGGAAUUGGAACAAUUACGAGAAGAAGUAAACAAGUACAAGACACAGCAGCAACAAGAUCGAAAUUUGAUUCAACAACUUGGCACCGAGAAUACCGCUUUGAAAGAGGAGAUUAGUUCAUUAAAUUCACGGCUCGAGCACGAAAUGCGAUCUAGUUCGAUAACAAUUAGUCAUAAGGAUACACAGGUUAACAACUUGAAGAUUGAAUUAGAUAAAGUAAAUCACAAAGUUAAGGAUCUUGAGACGGAGAGGGAAAUUAACAAAUUACAACAAUCCAAUCAAUCAUAUCUUGCGCGUGAUACGGUAAAGUCUCACAGUGACAACACUAACUUUCGGGAAACGGAUAUAAGAAGAGGUGUACAUCGGUUAUCAAUUACUGAACUGGAUCAACUGAUCCAUCCUGCGGUGGCCGCCGAUGGUCACAGUUCAUUGAACUACAAUAGAAAUUCAUUCCAUUCAAUAUCACGCAAUAAAGAUAAAUUAGAUGUUGAUGCCGGUGAUGAUUGGAAACGAGCAGCUGAGGUGACACAGCAGUUGAAGAAAAGGAUUGAAAGAAUGAAAGCAAGGGCUAAACCUGCUGUAAAUGUAGAGUAA